UGACAUAGUUAGCCUACGCUAACGGCAGCCUGUUUGCCCCAGCACAGGACGAGGGAAUGGGCUAGGCUGAAUCAAGCACUCCUGCGUGAAGACAACUUGUGCUCUCCUCCAUCUAACCUCUUCUCCUCCUCUCUCCCGGCCCCUGGGUCAGGGAAUGUGCCAGCCCCGGAGAUGCCUUACGUGGAUCGGCAGAACCGGAUCUGUGGCUUCCUGGACAUCGAAGAAAACGAGAGCAGUGGGAAGUUCCUGCGCCGCUACUUCAUCCUGGACACCCAGCCGGGCAGCCUGGUGUGGUACAUGGAUAACCCUCAGAACCUGCCCAUUGGUGCGGACUGUGUUGGCUCACUCAAACUCACAUACAUCUCCAAGGUCAGCGACGCCACUAAGCAGAGACCAAAGGCGGAGUUUUGCUUUGUCAUCAAUGCUGGCAUGAGGAAAUUCUUCCUCCAGGCCAAUGAUCAGCAGGACCUGGUGGAAUGGGUGAAUGCUCUCAACAAGGCCACCAAAAUCACUGUGCCAAAGUCAUGUAAUGCCCAACAGAAUGUGGAGAACCAGAAAGCUCUUCUGGACAUCCUGGGACCCAAGAAGCAGGUCUCCUACAGGACUGACAUCAUUGGGGGAGUUCCCAUCAUCACCCAGACGCAGCAGGAAGGGGGAGAGGGCCAGGAGGGUUCGGAGCGUGAGUUGCUGCGGAGGUCGUACAGCCAGCUGCCAUACUUCCUGGGCAGGCCGACCCAGGACCGGGCGGUCAUCAAGUCUGGAUACUGUGUGAAGCAGGGAGCUGUGAUGAGAAAUUGGAAAAGAAGAUAUUUCUUACUGGAGGAUAACACCAUGAGUUACUUCAAAUCAGAUCUGGAGAAGGAGCCUCUGAGAAUGAUUCCAUUGAAGGAGGUCCACAAAGUUCAGGAGUGCAAACAGAGGAUUUGUAUUUCCAGUGACAUCAUGAUGAGGGAUAAUCUCUUUGAGGUCGUCACCACUUCUAGGACUUUUUACAUCCAGGCUGACAGUCCAGAGGAGAUGCACAGCUGGAUCAAGGCUGUCUCUGGUGCCAUCGUAGCCCAGCGGGGACCUGGGAGAUCUGCAGCCACACAGGAGCACUGUGGCCGUUCCUCCCCUUCCACAUUCUACCGCAGCCAACCGGGGUCCCCCGUCCCUCGCUCGCCCAUAUCUGCAGUGCCACCCUACCCAGGGUGUCCUUCUGUCGCGGGCAGUGCACGCUCGGAGCCUUGCGUGGGACAGCGAGCACUUCAUGAGCCUCCUGCCGCGACCCAACCACGCCCGACUGUCCCUGCAGGAGACACGCCUGUCCAAGUGACCGCCGACACUGCCCUUGAGUCGCCAUGGAGACGGCGCAGCAGCUUCGAGCCCUACCCACCUGAACCCCCCCUUGACCUGGACGCUGACGACUUGCCGGUCAGCGAAGUCUGACCCAUGAACUACCCCCACACUACCCCAUAACCUGGCAGAGGGGGUGGGCUACAGAGUAGAGGCUGUAUGACAACGGGGGAAAUGAGAAGAAUGCUUUUGAAUAUCUGAGAGUAGCUGAACAGUGGGCCGCUUGUCUCAUUUCCACAAAACUGAACAGAAGUCAUCUGGAUGGAAAUUACAGAAAGCAGGCACUGAAUUCCAAGCCAAAGUUGGUCUGUAUAAUGUGUCUGACUUCCAACUAUCUCAACCCCCUGUUCGUGAAGCUGUUAAUCUACCCCAGCUAGUCAACCCUAGUCACAUUAGAGUUGGAGGUGACUCAGACAAUGAGACAGGGGGGUUCUGUUCUCUCGUUUUCAUUGUUAGGCAUCUACUCAGUGGUCAAGGCAUGUGGACACUCACAUGAAGUCCUGGAAUCCACUGUCUCUGUGUGGGCUGGGAGGGUGAGAUUUACACUGAACUCUACACCAAAGAUUCUGCGCUAUUUGCCAUUGUCUCCCACCUGCUUGCUCUGUCCUUAUUUAUUUAAUAGGGUUAAUUCAGUUUAGAAAACUUUUUUUAUGUUGAUUUAAAAUAUACACACAGAGUAUACAAAACAUGAGGAACACCUUCCUGAUAUUGAGUUUCAUCCCCUUUUGCCCUCAAAACAGCCUCAAUUUGUCAGUGCAUGGAGUCGAAGGUGUUGAAAGUGUUCCACAGGGAUUCUAGCCCAUGUUUACUCCAAUGCUUCCCACAGUUGUUCAGUUGGCUGGAUGUCCUUUGGGUGAUGGACCAUUCUUGAUACACACGAGAAACCCAACAGCGUUGUAGUUCUUACCCACUCAAACUGGUGCACCUGGCACCGACCAUACCCUAUUCAAAGGCACUUCAAUCUUUUGUCUUGCCCAUUCUCCCUCUGAAUGGCACACAUACACAACCCAUGUCUCAAUUGUCUCAAGGCUUAAAAAUCCCUUCAUCUACACUGACUGAAGUGGAUGUAACAUGUGACAUCAAUAAGGGAUCAUAGCUUUUACCUGGAUUCACCUGGUCAGUCUGUCAUGGAAAGAGCAGGUGUUCCUAUUGUUUUGUGCACUCAGUGUAUACCUGCAGCUCAUGACUACGUGGACUCACACAGAUGAAUUCAGACAUGUGUGAGGCUAAUAUGUUAUACCACUCUGCCAAGCAAGCUAGUAAGUGGAUAUUUUUAAAGGUCCAAUGCAACAUUUAUCUCAAUAUCAAAGAAUUUCUGGGUAACAAUUAAGUGCAUUACUGUUAAAAUUACAAAAAUAGCUUCUUAGCAAAGGGCUAUUUCUCAAUCAAGAUUUUUGCUUGGUCUUUCUGGGAGUGGUCUGAGUGAGGGGCAUAAUUGGAAGACCCUAAUGGGAGGGAUAUUUUAACCUGAAAACCCUCUGUUACUGGCAGAAGUUUGAAACUCCUUUUUGUUUGUAGUUUAUUCAUUUAUACCAUCACCAGGCAAGCCAAUCUCAUCCCACCAACUUGCAUUAUCUUCACAAUUUCAAAGUAUUAUUCCAACCUCAUAGUGUGGAAAUAUAUACAAAACACAGAAAAAUCAUGUUUUUGACUGCACUGCGCCUUUAAGGCAGCAAGCUAUAUUCUCUAAUUACUGAAUAGUUGUCAAGUAACAUAGAACUAAUCAUACCUGUUAAUUUCAUGCAUUCACUGUUGUUUUUGUUGAACUAAUGUUGUCUUUAGUUAUUUACUUUAAUUUAUGGUGUAUGACCAAAUUAUUCUAACAUACAUUUUCUUUAUCUGACUUUAAAACCUACAACAAUCCCACUCUCCCCACACCAUAGUAUUACAGUUAGAAAGUUGUUGGUAAACACUGUGGACUGGUACGAGAGAACUGUGCAGUUCUAAACCAAGCCAUGUACAUUUGCCUAAUCCUGCUGGGUACUGUAAUGGGGUUUGGAUUUGUACCAAUAGGACUUCGGUGAGAGAGUGAGUUGUGCAACCGAGCGGGGUGGCUUCAUUAAGGGACCAAAGUGAAAAGCAGUUACUUCUAGGGUAGGGAUGGUCAUUGUCUUGCAGAGAUGUUUAAAUUAAUACUCCUACUGGCCACCAACAUGCUUGACCCCUGACCUCUUCAUACCUGUAUACUGAACAGUGGCUUUAACCAUUUUUUGUUUUAGUGACUGCUGCCCGAUUUUGUUUAGUUAUGACAAAAUUGACACUGACUGCUUUGUUCUGCGUGUGUGAAAACAUGGUUUUCUUUGGUGACAGUUUGUUGGGAUUGUUUUAUUUUAUGUUGUAAUAUGUGUUUAGAUGUAUAUUUCCGUUUGAACUUCCCUGUGCCUGUAUUGCAAUGUAGUGAAGGUCAACCCAACCAUGCUACUCAAUGGUCUUAUUUCAAUAGAUCUCAUUAGUGGUUCUGCAAAACCAUACAGCUGCUCAAGUGCCUGCAUAAAUUCUAUUAAAAAACAAAGCUGUUCUAAUCCAUUUUGUCUUGUGUACUAGAUUUGAAUUGUCACUAUUUAUUAUGUGGAUGACUUGAAAGAAAUAAACACUUAGAAAAUG